ACACACCAACCGCUUGGCAAUCAGUACGAAGAGGUUGUUUGCACGGAUCGACCAAUCGACAGGCUUGAGAACUUUGAAUUUGAGGAACAGGAAGACAACAAACCAGGAGGACUUCAGGGGAUUUUUGUUAUACAAAACGGGAUUCGCCAUUUGCUUAAACAAAGAUAAGGAUUUUUGUUCGAUGUGUCAAAAUGUAUACGAGAAAGCUUGGUGGCAUGCACCUUGCUUUGAUGAUGGCGGAUUGGUCAGAGCUUCCAGGCGACCUCUUGGUGUUGAUUGCCAAAAAGCUGGUCUCCGUCGAGGAGUUUUUGGCCUUUGGUGUUGUUUGUACCUCAUGGAGAUCGGCAGCGGAUAAGAGCAACUUCGAACCGUCGCAGCAACAGCCUCCUUGGUUAAUGCUUUCGAAGAGGAAACACAAGAGAUUUCGUGAGUUCUUUAGCCUCACCACCCACAAGAUCUAUAAGUUCUCGAUACCAGAUGACAUUGGUAAGAAGUGCUUGGCUUCUCAAGGCUGGCUGUUUGCAAUAGGGAAAACAUGCGGCAUUAAUUUAAUUCAUCCUCUAUCUGGCGCUCGAGUACCAUUGCCACAUAUGCACACUUUGAAAGGUUUGAAUUAUUUAUUUGAUUCUCCUGCUUCAUUGUGUUUUCAUUUUAUAUACAAAGCGAUUUUAUCUACUAAUAAUAAUCCAAAUGAGUUGAGGGUUGCAAUUAUUUAUGGAGGUAGCCUCAACAGAGUGGCAGUUUGCAAAGUUGGGGACGAAACCUGGAAAACAGUUGAAGCUUAUCCUUCUUGUGCAUGUAAUGAUUUAGUCUAUUACGAAGGAAGAUUUUAUGGUAUUGAUAUCCUGGCAAGAGUUUGGGUCUUUGACCAUGAAGUUUUGAAUGCUCAAGUGAUUUCAAUUGUCCCAAGAGAGUUUCUACCAAAUUACGGUGAUACGAGAGAACCAUGGCAGUACUUUGAGCGGUUUUACAUGGUGGAAUCAGCAGGGUCAUUGUUGGUUGUUUCACGAGAAGGGAAAGCUUGUGGUCAUGAUUAUGGGCAUGGCACCAUGGCGUUCCGAGUGUUUGAAGUGGACGUGGAGAAGGGAAUGUGGAAAUGGGUGAAUAGUUUAGGGAACAGAGCGUUGUUCUUAGGCCGUAAUUCAUCCUUCUCUAUCCAAGUUACAAGCAGAUCUGGUUGUAAAGCUGACUGCAUAUACUUCACUGAUGAUUGUUUUUCAUCCUACUCGGGCUCUCAAAAAGCAGAUGGAAAAGACCAGGGGAUCUACAACAUGAGAGAUGGGAGCUUUGAGCAACAUUUUACUGGUGAAUCCUAUGAUUCUGAUAAUCCACCUAUAUGGAUUGAACCUACUUUUGAACCUAAAAUAUAUACUAUGAUGUCUAGUAAAUAAGACAAUGUAGUAUUAAUUUUCAAAAGUAUUAAUUUAAGUAUAAUCAACAA